UUAUUUUGGCUCUGCUACCCAUUUGUCUGACUGUCGCCGCCAUUAGGCAACACUCAGGCAAUGUAAGCCAUGGAGUGUCGAGGAUUUUUGCCAUGACUCGGGGAGUACAGAGGAUUUACCAGGCUGUGUUUUUUUUCAGAGAGGAGUUAAUGUGUGUACACAGGUAAAAAAUGUGACAGAGCAAGAGGGGUCGAAAAACUCGGUUUAGGAAAGGUUUCAUAGAGUAGGAGGAGGUGGAGGAGGAGGAGGUGGAGGGGGGACUGGACAAGAAGGGUUUGUUGUGGUUUCCAGCAGCUCUACGAACAACGAACGCAACUGAUAAACAUUGGACCAGCCGGAGUGAUCCACAAUGACUGAACAGAGGGUUAAAUGGGCCUGUGACUACUGUACCUUUGAAAACUGGCCAUCUGCAGUCAAGUGCACCAUGUGCCGUGCACAGAGGUUGAUUUCCCCCAUCAUCACAGAGGAACCUUACAAGAACAGCCCUGAUCUGGAUACCAGUGGAGAGUGGGACCCUCCCAGAAAUGAGAGUGGCAGCAGCCUCCUCAUCUGCCCUGACUCCAGUGCUAGGCCAAGGGUUAGGUCAACCUGUGUGGCUGAGCUUGCCAAUAAAUGGUCCUGCCAGAUGUGUACGUACCUGAACUGGCCCAGGGCAAUCCGCUGCACACAGUGUCUGUGUCAGCGCCCGAGGACCAGCAGCCCCACUGAAUCCCCCCAGACUUCAAGCUCCAAUGCAGGCUGCCGGCCUGCUCUUCACUCACCUGUGGAUACCUGUGAGGAAUACAAUGACAGAAACAGACUCAACACCCACCAGCAGCAUUGGACAUGCACAGCUUGCACUUACCAGAACUGGCCCAAAACUACUAAGUGUGUGGUGUGUGACCAACCCAAGCCCAACCACCAGGAGGCCAUAGAGCUGGCAGAAUCAGCACAGUCAUCACCUAUGAUCAAUGAGCAGGAUAGGGGUCGUUGGAGGGGCAGUUGCAGUGGAGGCCAGGGCCAAAGGAGGUCACCUCCAUUGCCCAAGAGGGGAGACAAUGUUAAAAUGGAAUUCCAGAGGAUAGAACUUGCAGCCGGAGCCAUGAGUAGCAAAGAAGAGCAAGAGAUCGACUUCAAGAAGCUAAAGCAAAUUAGAAACAGAAUGCGGAAAACAGACUGGCUGUUCCUCAAUGCAUGUGCAGGCGUCGUAGAGGGAGACCUGGCGGCAAUAGAAGCCUACAAGUCAUCUGGAGGCGACAUCGCCCGGCAACUCACCGCUGACGAGGUGCAGCUCCUCAACCGGUGCUCAGCGUUUGACGUAGGCUUCACCCUGGUCCAUCUGGCUAUUCGCUUUCAAAGGCAGGACAUGUUGGCCAUCCUGCUAACAGAGGUGAACCAGCAGGCACCCAAGUGCAUCCCGUCCAUGGUGUGUCCUGAGCUGACAGAGCAGAUUCGCAGAGAAAUUGCUGCAUCACUACAUCAACGCAAAGGAGACUUUGCCUGUUACUUCCUCAGUGACCUGGUCACCUUCACCCUCCCUGCAGAUAUAGAGGACCUGCCACCUGCUGUCCAAGAGAAGCUGUUUGAUGAGGUCCUGGAUCGAGAUGUGCAGAAAGAGUUGGAAGAGGAAUCGCCUGUCAUCAAUUGGUCUUUGGAGCUGGGCACGCGUCUGGACAGUCGCCUGUAUGCCUUAUGGAACCGCACAGCAGGAGACUGUCUGUUGGACUCUGUUCUGCAGGCCACCUGGGGCAUCUAUGACAAGGACUCUGUCCUUCGGAAAACGCUCCACGACAGCCUACACGACUGCUCCCAUUGGUUUUAUACACGCUGGAAGGAGUGGGAGUCGUGGUACUCGCAGAGCUUUGGUUUGCAUUUCUCCCUGAGAGAGGAACAGUGGCAAGAGGACUGGGCGUUCAUCCUGUCUUUGGCCAGUCAGCCCGGGGCCAGCCUGGAGCAAACCCACAUUUUUGUUCUCGCACACAUUCUUCGCAGACCCAUCAUAGUCUACGGAGUGAAAUACUACAAAAGUUUCCGUGGGGAAACGUUAGGAUACACUCGUUUUCAAGGUGUGUACUUGCCUCUGUUAUGGGAGCAAAGUUUCUGCUGGAAGAGUCCCAUCGCUCUGGGCUACACACGGGGCCACUUCUCGGCCCUGGUGGCCAUGGAGAACGAUGGCUAUGACAAUCGCGGUGCUGGCGCCAACCUAAAUACGGACGAUGAUGUCACUGUCACUUUCUUGCCACUAGUGGACAGCGAGAGGAAGCUGCUGCACAUUCACUUCCUCUCUGCACAGGAGAUGGGCAACGAGGAGCAGCAGGAGAAGCUGCUGAGGGAAUGGCUGGACUGCUGUGUGACAGAAGGAGGAAUGCUGGCGGCCAUGCAGAAGAGCUCUCGCCGCCGCUACCACCCUCUGGUCACCCAGAUGGUGGAGAAGUGGUUAGACCGAUACCGCCAGAUCCGCCCUUGUGCGUCUCUCUCUGACGGCGAAGAAGAGGAGGAUGAAGAUGAGUGAGUGAGGGAAGGUAAAGAAGAUAAUGCUUGAGACUGGACACUAGGCUCUGGGAGAGAACCUUAUUGUCUAUGUUUCUUUUCUUUUUUUCUCCCCACCCGUUCUUCAAAAUGUUAAACUUUAACUUGUAAUGAUGCAUGUGUUCUGUGAGCUCUGUGUUAGGAAAAAGAAAAACAUACCAGCAGCAACAAACAGAAUCCUGAUUAACUGCUCCUUUGAAAGCACAUCAAGUCCACUUAGUUUGCCUUCUCGACUCAGAUUUCUCCAUAAUUGUUAUCAAAGUAAUUAUCUCAACUUGACAGAAAUACUAGCACAUGUAGGAAAAUAUAUUGUAUUUAAGAAAACCCCGAAGCUGCACUAGAGGAGGAAUUUCAUUUACAGAGUUGCCUGACAGAAAUUUUGCUUUAAGCUGAGAGGAUGCUAACCUUUUGUGUGCGUGUUAAAGUGUAAAGAGCACCCGUUUUUUCCCCGAUUGCUGAUUCCCUCUGCAAACCCCCUUUUUUGAUGUUUGAGUUAUUUAUUUGUUUAGGAGAGAUAGCGCACGGAGGCGAUACCUCUUGUUCUGCCCUGUUUUAUCUGUGUUCGGUCUGAAGUAUUUUUAUUUUGCACAGAUAAAUCCUACAUUCUGUGAGUGGGAGGGGGGGAACAUGACGUACAAGUUUACUGACAUUUUUACGUGCGACUCUGUAGCUCCUGUUCAUGUUAGAGUGGGUGGCGGUGAUGCUGGUGGGGAAAAGACAAAACCAAACACUCUGCCUCUUUCUAUGGAGUGCAUUAAUAUUAAAUUUGACUCACUUGCAUCCUC